AGCACACCAGCCUCUUUGUCGUCCAUGCUGUCCGCACACGCUGUUUAGCAGAGCUCGGGUACAGCGCCGCCCUGGGACUGCGCUCUCCUCUCUUAACUCCUGGAGGAUUGGGAAAAGGCUGAAGGAAACAUGGUGAACCAAAGAGCAGACACAGGUUGGCAGUCCUCUAAGAGCGACUCCAGCGGGGUCAGUAACAGUGGAGAGAGCUCCAAAGAGAGCUCCAGGUGCUCGACCCCGGUGCUGGACGCUGACCGCACCGACCGGCUGCGGGACAAGAUGAAGAGGCGGAUUGAGUCUGGGGACCGCUGGUUCUCGCUGGAGUUCUUCCCACCUCGCACAGCGUCUGGAGCGGUCAAUCUUAUCUCCAGAUUUGACCGGAUGGGUUCUGGAGGUCCUCUUUUCAUUGAUGUCACUUGGCAUCCGGCUGGAGAUCCGGGCUCGGAUAAAGAAACAUCUUCCAUGAUGAUAGCAAGCACAGCAGUCAAUUACUGUGGCCUGGAGAGCGUCCUGCAUUUGACAUGCUGCAAUCAGACAAAGGAGAAAAUAACAGACCAUUUGAGUAAAGCCAAGCGGCUAGGGCUAAAGAAUAUCAUGGCCUUGAGAGGAGAUCCUAUUGGGGAAGACUGGGUGGAGGAAGAUGGCGGUUUUAACUAUGCUACAGAUCUGGUCAAGCACAUUCGCUGUGAAUUCGAUGAUUACUUCGAUAUCUGCGUUGCAGGUUACCCGACGGGCCACCCAGAGGCGGAGAGCUACGAGGAUGACCUCAGGUACCUGAAGGAGAAAGUAGAUGCUGGUGCGCACUUCAUCGUCACCCAGCUCUUCUUCAGGGCAGAAACCUUCCUCAAAUUUGUCAAAGACUGCCGGGCCAUUGGCAUCACCUGCCCCAUUCUCCCCGGAAUAUUCCCCAUUCAGGGGUAUCACUCACUCCGGCAGCUGGUCAAACUCUCCAAACUGGAAGUGCCAGAGGAGAUCAAGCAGGUGAUUGAACCCAUCAAGGACAACGAUGCUGCCAUUCGCAACUACGGCAUCACGCAGGCGGUGGAGAUGUGUAAGGUUCUUCUGGCCAGCGGAGAGGUCCCUGGCCUGCACUUUUACACACUUAACAGAGAGGUGGCCACCAUGGAAGUUCUCAGACAGCUGGGCUUAUGGGCAGAGGAUCCCCGGCGACCUCUACCCUGGGCCAUCAGCGCUCAUCCGAAGCGCAAGGUAGAAGACGUCAGGCCAAUCUUUUGGGCUUCCCGACCCAAAAGCUACAUCUAUAGAACGCAAGACUGGGAUGACUUUCCCAACGGAAGAUGGGGUAACUCCUCCUCACCAGCCUUUGGCGAGCUGACAGACUACUACCUGUUCUACCUGAAGAGUAAAUCUCCGAAAGAGGCACUCCUGCAGAUGUGGGGUGAGGAACUAAUGAACGAGGAGAGUGUUUAUGAAGUCUUCACCAACUACAUCACCGGCCAAACCAACCGCAGUGGACACAAGGUCAUGUGUCUACCGUGGAACGACGAUCCUCUAGCUCCGGAGACCAACCUGCUGAAGGAUGAGCUGGAGAAGGUGAACCGCAGAGGGGUUCUGACCAUUAACUCUCAACCCAACAUUAACGGCAAACCCUCAUCUGACCCCAUUGUGGGCUGGGGCCCUGCGGGAGGAUAUGUCUUUCAAAAGUCUUACCUGGAGUUUUUCACAUCCAGCGAAAAUGUUACUGCACUUCUGCAAGUGCUGAAGAAAUACGAACCUCGUGUGAACUACCAUAUAGUCAACGUUCAGGGCAGGAACAUUACAAAUGCCCAUGAUAUGCAGCCCAACGCUGUGACGUGGGGCAUAUUCCCUGGCAGAGAGAUCGUUCAGCCCACCGUCGUGGAUCCAGUCAGCUUCAUGUACUGGAAGGACGAGGCUUUUGCGCUGUGGAUUGAACAGUGGGCGAAGCUGUACGAGGACGAGUCGCCAUCGCGCAUGAUCAUUCAGUACAUCCACGACAACUACUUCCUCGUCAACCUGGUGGACAACGAUUUCCCGCUCGACAGCUGCCUGUGGCAGGUGAUCGAAGACAUGUUCGCGCUCCUUGACUCCCCUCGAGAAACUCAGGAUGAGGGAAGUGAAUCUUAGUUUCAAGGAACUCUCAAUGACUGCCCGCGCUGCUAUUGAAACAUCUGGACGCACAUACUGAGUACUUAUAACGACAGUGUUUUUAGUCCGUUAGCUUAAUUCAUCCUUGCUCCCAAUGUACAGGGAAAACAUCUUGACAAAUGUAGCACUACAGAAGAUGAUUCGAGUUGAUCUUUAAAGGGACUUGUGUUUGCAGUUUCGGUCGCCAUUUUCUUAUGUUUUUAUCCUACAUUUUUAACUAUUUAUAGACAGUAUUUUGGAUAUCGCAUAUGUUCGGUAUAUGAUUGUCACUUAUGUAACCAGGUCAAACGUGUGGAGACAAAAUCAAAUACAGUAUUAUUGCUUACUGUAUUUGACUUAUAGGUGAGUUCUAUGAAAACAUGUCACAUGCUACUGUAUGUCAAACAGGUCAUAUUUUCCUCCAAAAUCAAGACAAAAAAGGGAUAUUCUACCCAGAAAUGAAAAUGUUCAUAACUUACAUUUAUCUCCAAAGCCCAAAUUGAGACAUUUUUAUUGUUUUUUUUGUUGAUCGAUUCCAAAAGUACAUAAAGACAUUUUACAAAAAAAGGUGCAAUCCAAGCCUUUGAGGUAUGAUGAACAGAUUUAAUUUUAUUUAUUUACGUUGAUCUAUGCACAUAAACACGUAGGCAAACAUAAGCUCAAACAUGCAUGCAAAAAAUGCAGAAGGAUUUGGAACAACAUGAGGUGACUCAAUGCAGUUCAAUCAUUUUUGGGUGAAUUGUCCUUUUAACGAUUUUGAAACAUUUGCCAUUUUUCCGAGCAUAUUCGAUCUAAAUUCUUGUUACCUUAAUGCACCUCAAUGUUUUAUUUUUGAUGAUUAUUGCUGUAAAAAUAAAUACUACCACGAUAAGUAAAUAAUUCACCAUUGUUUUUUUCAUGUUACAGGAAUGCGAAUUGGAAGUGAGUGUUUUUAUGUGUGUGUGUGUGUGUAGAAAUUUGCCAUUAUGAAUCUAAACGUUUGAAUAUAUAUAUUUUUUCUGAUCAUUUCUGUUCUGCUAGCAAUAGAAAGCUGAAUAAACAUGCGCUCACCCCCUGUGCUAACAUGA